GCGUCUGGGCCGGGCUGAGCUAGGUCUAACCAGGGGCCGCGCUCCUCCAGCACAGACAGCCGUGGACCUCAGACUGUGGAGGAUUUUAUCAUCCGGAAUCCGACUGGAAGUCAGGCUGAAACCACAGCGGCUCUUGUGUUUCAGGUCAUCACUCAUGGCGAUCCGGCUUCUCCUUUUGCUUCUGACCCUCCAACCUGGCGGGACUCAGCCCGGGUCGGAAGGUCAGGAUGGAGCGCCGCCGCCCGUGGAUCAGCGCGUCUUUGCGCAGGAGAACCAGGACAUGUUCUCCAUAAACAUGUUCAAGGUGUAUGAGAGGUACAGCAAGGAGCCGCAGAGCCGCAGGGAUGGAAACACCGUGAGGAGCUUCAAAGCCGUCCCGAGAGUUCUGCCUGGCAGAGAGGUGCUCCAGUUCAACUUGUCCUCAAUUCAGAACACCGAGAUCAUCCUUUCUGCCUCUUUUCACUUCCUUAACAGGCGUCCCCGCCACCACCAAAGGCCAUGGCGCUUCAGAAAGCCUCGACACCUAUCCACUGCACUUUGGCAUUCCCACCAGCCCUCCCAGCAGCUUCUCUUCUAUGGAUCCCCCCACGAUUCUGCAUUUGCAACACCGCUCGGAAACAUAAGUCUUGUAUCUCUCAAAAAAGGCUCUUGGCAAACCAGAGAUGUGACAACCGUGGUAAAACGGGCCAGGGAGGUAAACGAGAUGGUGAUCACUGUGGAGACUGAUGUGGGGCUUGAAGCAGCCGGCAUGCAUCAAAGAGGAGCUCUCAGCCAUGAGCAUCUCUCUCCAGCCAACCUGCCUUACAUCUUGGUCUAUGCCGAUGAUCAAGCUAUAGACGAGCCAAACAGCGUUGCCCUUUCCCUUCAGAGGUAUGGACCAUUUCCUGUUGGGGAUGAUAUAUCUGCCUCCACCUCAGCAUCCAGAAUCCGGAGAGAGCUACACCUUCAGAUCCAAACCAAUGACAUUCCAGAGGUUCAUUUCAGUGCUUUUAAAAACCAUGAACUGUGGCAGAACACAUAUUUCCCACCUAAAGCCAAAGCUACAGUCAAAAAUGGGAGAAAGCAUGGCCAGGUGAGCAGUGAGGAUAUGAACAAGCCACAGGUUCUGAACUUUGAUGAGAGGACAAUGAAAAAGGCCAGAAGGAGACAGUGGAGUGAACCCAAGGUUUGCUCCAGACGCUACCUCAGGGUUGACUUCGCAGACAUUGGGUGGAGCGAAUGGGUGCUGGCACCGAAGUCUUUUGAUGCCUAUUACUGUGCUGGCACAUGUGGAUUCCCUAUACCUAAAUUGGCACAUCCAUCCAAUCAUGCCACUAUCCAGAGUAUCGUCCGAGCUGUUGGAAUCAUCCCUGGAGUCCCUGAACCAUGUUGCGUUCCUGACAAGAUGAGUCCCCUUAGUGUCCUCUUUCUGGACCCAGACAGAAACCUGGUGCUAAAGGUCUACCCUGGAAUGUCUGUGGACACGUGCGGCUGUCGGUAGGACCGUCCAAGCCUAUGAGAAGCGCCAUGAAUGAAAAGACUUAGAGAAAGACAAUACCAUAGAGGCAAAGGGAAAAUUUUGAGAAAUGUUAAGAAUGAUGUGAGAUGUUAAGGGGAACUGAGAAAUGCUUUUUUAUCCAAAUUGUUCUUGUUUUCUGAUCUGAGGGAACGUUGCCUUAAACUAUGCUGCUUUAUUAACAGUUUUUAAAGCUAAUGUUCAUUACCUAUUAUUUAAUUAUUUCAUUAAAUCAAUUAAGAUACAGAGGAGUUUACCUUAAGAAACAUCUACACAUCGUUUUUGAUUGCCUCAAUUUUUAAUGGCUUUAGUCUUGAUUUUCUAAUCACAUAAGUGAUUCUGCCUUUGAGCAAACUUGUGCUUGGACUCGAAGGGACCUACGUUUCCAGGGUCACCUCAGACUCUUAAGGAGCAACUCUGUUCAGGAAACUCAACUCCCCAAUUAUCCAUUUGUGUACAUCUGUGGAUGAAAUGGAUGUCAGCUGCUUUCUCUUUAUGCUUUCACCGUUCAUUUUCGUGUAUUCCUGUUUUAGUUGAGCUGACAAACUGCAACGCCACGGAGAACACCCUAAAAGGAAACUGCAGAAAUGCUCACUUUGUGUCAAGUUAACCAUUGUCAUGAUAAAACCUAGUUCCAAUAGCUUUGUUCCUGUGUUUUACUUCUAAAUGAUGUAUUUGGUCUUCCAUUGAGUGCUCCAGCAUAUCAAAGUCUGUAUGCUUCAGGCUUCUGCAUCACGGCAUGACUGGGUGAUAAACAGUCCAACGCUGCCAUCUGGUGUGCGUUCUAUGAAAGGUAAUGAAAUGUGAAAUGAAAGACUUUCUUUACACUUGUAGCCUGUAGACAGCAUUAUACACCUAGUGAUAUGUAAAAAUAUUAAACGGAUGAAGGAUUUUAACAAUAGGUAAAAAGAUAAAUGUACGUAUUUACAAGAAAGUAUGAACCUUUAAAGUGCAAUUAAAUAGUACUACAGUGGUGUAUACUUCAA